CAAUAGUCAUGGGAGUGAAUACAAUUGAGACAGAAGAAGUGGGACCAGUUACUGGGGCUGCAGACACGACCUAGAAGAGCAUUGGCCUAUUUGUUCUUCAGGGAAGUAAACUGGAUGCUCUCCACCUGUCGUUGGGACUGUACAGCGACUGGCCCACACAGCAGGUGUUUAACGAGGAGAGCAGGUCUAAUGUGAUUCUCAAGGAGCACUCAGUCUUCCUUGACACCAUGGACUCUCCAUCAGCCCAGACACCCCCGCCGUCAGCCUCCUUGAGCCAAGGAGGUCACUCCUUGCUUUCCACCGGGCCUCUGAGCGCCAUUCUGGGACCUCAAGGAAAGCAUUACGUCUGCGGCUCCAUCGCGGCUUUCACCAACAUCAUGGUGACCUUUCCCAUCCAGAAGGUUCUCUUUCGCCAACAGCUACACGGCGUCCUGGCGGUCGAGGCGGUCCGUCAGCUCCAGAAGGACGGCCUCCGAAACCUGUACAGGGGGCUGCUCCCACCGCUGCUCCAGAAGAGCACCACCGUGGCUAUUAUGUUCGGCUUGUACCAGGACUUCUCCCGAGUUCUUCUGGAGCGGGCCGAGGGCAGCGGUGUGCCGGAGCUGGUCACGAGAAGCUUUGCCGCCGCGCUGGCGGGGACAGCGGAGGCCUUCCUGGCCCCCUUUGAGCGUGUGCAGACGCUCCUUCAGGACCACCGACACCACGGACGCUUCAACAACACGGCUCACACCUUCAGGACACUCCUGACAGAGUACGGUUUCCGGGAGUGCUACCGUGGGCUCGUGCCCAUAUUACUCCGCAACGGCCCGAGCAACGUGCUCUUCUUCGGGCUGCGAGGACCCAUAAAGGAACAGCUCCCUGAAGCCACCAGCCGGGCCGGUCACCUCGUUAACGAUUUUGUAUGCGGGGGCGUUCUUGGGGCGGCACUCGGCAUCAUGUUCUACCCGUUAAAUGUGAUCAAGUCGCGGGCUCAGUCUCGAGUGGGCGGAGCCUUCCAGCCGUGCGGUCAGGUGUUGCUCAUGGUGUGGCGGGAGCGAGGUGGAAGCGUGGCCAUGCUCUUUCGGGGGGCCCACCUCAACUACCACCGCUCACUCCUCUCCUGGGGCAUCAUCAAUGCCACCUACGAGCUUCUGCUGAAGCUCAUAUGAGAGUGUGAGAGAGAAAAUGGUGUGGCCAAUCUAGUCAGGAGGACGAGGGUGACGAUGUAUGAACAAAUGGAGAUAUGGCGUAAUGAUUUUUCCAGAGAGAUGACGUUGCACGUUGUGGGGGAUAACAUUCGGUAAUAGUUGACCGUAUACGACACAUGACUUUGUGUAACUGUCACAUGAUUUCAACUGUACACAAGGGUCCAAUGCAAAAAAAAAAAAAGUCUUGCUUUCCUCUUUGUGCAAAACUUCUGCCCAGCACCCUUUUUUGUGUUUUGUUUACAGUGUCAAGGAGAAGUUAUUCUAGGAGUUUUGUAUUUUGUGGGACAUUAUCUCUGUUGGUUUGAUUGAGAACAAUCACUAAUUUGUCUACGUCACCACUUACCAUUACUGAAUUCUCCCAAGGAAUUGUUUAAAAGGGGAAUCAAUGGAUUGGCCCUAAAUUUAUUUCACUCGAUGGAUCAUUGCAGCCACCUUCACCUUGACCAGGAGUAAGCCUCAGAACCUGUCCAACCUGUCAGUACAUUUAAUUGGCGUCUUUUAAUCUCAGCAACCGUACAUAAAGCCACCGUUAUUAUGGCCAUGCACUUCUGCUGCAUUUGUAUUUAUUACUAGCAAAGUAUUUAAUAUAAUGAGCUCAAAAACUACUUUUCUUCUUUUUGUGUCACUGACAUUUAUUUUGGGCUCUGCAUUCACGUGUCCUGUCCUUCCUCAUGCCACGCUUGCACUCCUCUGCUGUCUGUAACAUCUGUUGACAUAAUGGGCUCAUAUUUCACACUCGAGUAGCUACAGCCACUCAGCAUGCAGCCAUCUCUGACCGCCUGGAGAUGCGUACAGGCGGCGCCGUUUGGGCACACAGAACCAUAAUGGCGGCAGAGGAAAAUGUUCAGUGGCACAAAAUGCUCAAGCUGCCAUGUAAAUGGACCACUUGGCCUAUUUCUUAACUGCGUUUCAUUUUCAACAGUCUACAAAGUGUUGCCUUUUAUAUGGUUGGGCUUUAUGAAUAUGAAUGCUUUUACCCUAAAGCACAAACGGCUCAAGCCGUUCCUCACAACCAAAUAAAAUGUUUGUCAGUCUGAA